CCUCGCGCAAUACUGUCGUUAAGAAGCCAGAGCAGAAGCCAAAGCGCAAGAGAGCCCCGCGCAAGACCGCCCCCCGCCAGGCUAAGAAAGCCGAGAUCAGGGAUGUUCCCUUUCCCUUCUUGGAACUCCCGGCUGAGAUUCGUGUAAUGAUCUACAAGCACCUGCUUGUCGAGUCUUCAGUCGAGCUCAGUUACAGAACCGGCGGACAGGGAAAAGGCCUUUCACGCGGUUGCUUGACCAAAGUGCCUGGCAAACACGGUCGCGCUGGGCAUGACAGCUGGGUCACGUUCAAACCCAAGCAUGAGCACGACAAGCCGACUCCCCUUCAGCCUGCAAUCUUGCGCGUUUGCAAGUUCAUCCGCGCCGAGGCCACCCCCCUCCUCUACGAUCAAACCUUCUAUUUUGAGAAUCCUCUCGCUCUCAAGAGAUUCCUCGCCCGCAUCACUCCGUCCACCCUCAGUCUUCUACGCAAGAUCGUCAUCCGCGGUUGGGCAGAACGUAACAUUCCCUGCUGGGUUAACGCGCUUGCCCUGGCUUUCGCCAUGUUGACCACUGCGCACAAUCUCGAGAGCGUCCGCUUCGACCGCAAAGUCAGCGGAUCUUCUGACCAAGGUUUCUGGGACCAACGUAGAUUCCCCGAGUACCUGCAGCACCUCGCUGUGGAGGACCUCAAAUUCUGGAUCCAGUAUGUCAACUCCACGGGUGGCAAGAAGGCCGCAGAGAUCUUGAGCUUCAGCGACAUCAACUUCGGCUCCCAGGAUGAGAUCGAGAACGACUACAAGGUCAUUGAAGAGCGCAAGAAGGUGUUCUUCAAGGAACUUCAGCUCGAGUAGAUCCUUCUCGCAAUCAUCACCAGUUCGAAGCUGUCGUGAUUGCGUUUGAGGGUCGACAACACAUCUCUCCGACAUGGUACGACGAAUGGGGUAUUGAGGCGUGCUUUGCCUUCACGGACGGAGUUUUGAGGUCAUGAUUGCCACGAUGGACAAUCAUUCGGACAGACACAGGCAUUCGGGGGCGCGAACUUGCUUUUCCUUUCUAUUCACACAUGCAAGCUCGACAAACAUUAUUGUCGACGAGGCAUACAGGCACACAAAUGAGUCGUGCAAAAUAGUCACUAUACCCAUGCGAGC